AUGGUAAACUUCAGGAAAAUGGAUUCACAGAAGGACAUGAGUUCUCCGAGGGGAGAGGUUGGAGAGAUCGACACAAGGGCGCCAUUUCAAUCUGUGAAAGCUGCUGUCAGUUUAUUCGGUGAAGUUGCUGUUUCCAAGGAAAAACGUUCUGUCAGGAGAAGAUCAUCCGAGAAUGUACUAGAAAAGGAGACGCAGCUUCUGUUGGCACAGAGAGAACUGAACAAGAUAAAGAAGCAGCUGGAGAGUGCUGAGACCACAAAAUCUAAAGCGCUUGCUGAGCUUGAGAAGGCAAAAGUGACACUUCAAGAUCUCACAACGAAGCUGACAAAUGUUAGAGAAUCCAAGGAAGCCGCCAUGGAGGCUGCAGAAGCUGUGAAGAAUCAGGCCAAGCAGCUUGAAAGGGCCAAGUCCCAGAAAGAAGUGGGCUUUGAAGCUUGGAAGCUAGAACUCGAGCAUGCAAGAAAAGAAUACACAACCACUGUGAAAGAACUUGAUGCUGCCAAGCAAGAACUGACCAAGAUCAGGCAAGAUUUUGAUGCGGCUUUAGAGGCGAAGCUGGCGGCGUUUCAGACAGCCGGAGAAGCUCAACGUUCAGCCAAGUUGAACUCAGAAAGGAUCAGCGAGCUCUCGAAUGAGAUUGCAGCCAUGAAAACAUCUGUUGAGGAGUUAAAGCUUGCAUCUUUGCAGACUCAAGAGGAACAAGCAAAGGCCAUGGCAGAGAGAGAAGCUCAAUAUGAUUCUUACAAGAAUGGUAAGGAAGAAGCAGAGGCAAAGAUGGAAUCUUUGAUGAAGGAAUAUGACCCAGAAUUGAAUACAGAAGAUCUUGAGGCUAAACUUGCUGAAACAAGUGCAGAGAUUGAAGUUUUGCAAGAACAGAUGAAGAAGGAACAUGCUUCUGAUAUGGAAGCUGCAAGAGCUAUAACUUCAGAACUCAAAGAAGCCACAAAGACACUAGGAGAAGUUGCUGAAGAAGAAAGCUCUCUGAGAAACCUAGUGGCUUUGUUAAAGGAUGAAUUAGAAAAUGUGAAGACUGAGCAAAGAAUCUUGAAAGACAAGGAACAAAAAUCAGAAGCUCUUGCCAGUUACAUUAAAGAUGAACUACAAAAGAGCAAGGGAGAAGCAAAUAUAGAGGAGUUGGAAAAAGCUUCUAAAUUAUUUCAUGAACAAAGAAUGAAAAUAGAGAAGCUAACAGAAGAAACAGAAACUGCAAAAAGGGAAGCAGAAGAGAAGAACCAGAGAACACACGAUCUGAAGCAAGAAGCCGAGAACGCGCGAGCUUUGGCUCAAGAACUGGAAACAAAGCUGGAGAUUGUGCUAAAAGAGGCCGAAGAAGUGAAAGCAGCAGAGCAAAGAGCCCUUGAGGAGAUGAAGAUCUUGUCUGAGAUGCAAGGAAACAACAAGAAUCAAGUUAGUGAUGUACCAAACUCAGAAGAUCAUGGUAAGAUCAAACUAUCUGUUGAUAAGUUUGAGUCAGUGACAGGGAAAGUGAAGGAAUGUGCUGAUCUUGUGGAGAAGGCAGAGCUGGCUGCAAUAACUCAGGUUGUGGCAAUCAAGGCAAGACAAAGUGAAGCAGACAAGAAGUUGGAAGCCAAUCUGAAGGCAAUUGAGGAAAUAAAAGCAGCAACAGAGAUGGCUCUAAAGAAUGCAGAGAUGGCAGAUUCUGCAAAAAUGGCACUUGAAGGUGAACUUAGGAGGUUGCGCCAGCAAGACAAGGUGCCGGCUGAAUCAUCACCUUUGGAUUCCUAUUAA